CAUUUUUACAUCAAUCAAUAAGCGAUGUAAACAACAUGGCAUUGUCUAAUAUGAAAUGGAAAUGCGUAAAAGAACCUUCGGGACCUAGUCCGCGACCCAGACACGGUCACCGUGCAGUAUCAAUAAGAGAUUUGAUAGUUAUCUUUGGGGGAGGAAAUGAGGGAAUUGUUGAAGAACUUCAUGUGUAUAAUACUGCUACAAAUCAAUGGUUUGUUCCUGCAGUACAAGGAGAUAUCCCUCCUGGAUGUGCUGCAUUCGGCUUCGUAUGCGAUGGAACUCGACUGCUUGUCUUUGGUGGCAUGGUAGAAUAUGGAAGGUAUUCAAAUGAGUUGUAUGAACUACAAGCAAGUAGAUGGGAAUGGAAACAUUUACAUCCAAAAGCACCAGAAAACAAUAUUUCUCCCUGUCCACGUCUUGGGCACAGCUUUACAUUAGUUGGAAAGAAAAUUUUUCUUUUUGGUGGAUUGGCAAAUGACAGUGAAGAUCCUCGCAGUAAUAUUCCAAGAUAUUUAAACGAUCUUUAUACCCUUGAUUUGACCGCUCAAGACAAUUUGCAGUGGGAUGUUCCUUGCACCUAUGGACAACCGCCUACAGCUAGAGAGUCCCAUUCAUGUGUGCUGCAUACUGCUGAGAAUGGAAAGCAUCCACGUUUGUUUAUUUAUGGUGGAAUGAGUGGUUGUCGUCUUGGCGAUGUAUACAUACUUGAUGUUGAAAAGAUGCUAUGGUCAAAACCUGUUGUACAUGGGAUUGCGCCUCUUCCAAGAAGCUUGCAUGCUUCUGUUAUGAUUGGUAAACGAAUGUUUAUUUUUGGAGGUUGGGUACCAGUAGCUAUUGAUGAUGGAAAAUCAAGUAGUGAAAAAGAAUGGAAAUGUACUAAUACACUUGCUUGUCUUAAUGUCGAAAAGUUGCGUUGGGAAGCAAUUAAUGUUGAAGGAUCUGAAGAACAAAUGCCAAAACCAAGGGCAGGACAUUCUGCUGUGAAUGUACAUACUCGAAUGUAUAUUUGGAGUGGAAGAGAUGGAUAUCGUAAAGCUUGGAAUAAUCAAGUUGAAAAUGUUUGUUGUAAAGACUUAUGGUAUUUAGAAACUGAGCGUCCUCCCGGUCCUUCUCGUGUUCAACUUGUUAGAGCAACUACUACUACUCUUGAGGUGUGCUGGGGAGGAAUUCCAACAGCCGAUGCAUACAUAAUCCAGAUUCAAAAAUAUGAAGUUCAUCCACCAGCUCUUCCAUCAACUCCAAUACAGAGUACAACAAAAUCUUCUACUACAACACCUGAUUUUACAAAUGCUUUGAGUGCUGGUCAUGUUGUAAGAUUACCUGCAACUUCUAUUCAGCUUUCUUCACCUCUUUCAUUUUCUAAAACUCUCCUUGCUAGUGGACUAUCAGCAAGACCAAAAUUAACCAUGCCUCAGCCUAAUAGUCUUGUUAAAGUAACUAGUUCAAAAGGACUAACACAGCUGCCAAUCCAAGUAGGUGGACAGAAAAAUCAGCAUAUAACAUUGGCAGCGCUUAAUCAAUUAACUGCUGGAAAGAUAUCUGGAAAUCUUACUCCUAAUAUCACAAAAACUGUGCAAAUUGUGUCACCAAGUAAAUCGGGACAAAUUACCCAACCACUUGUAACUAGCAGUUCAAUAGUAUCACAAGUUUCAGUGGCUGUUGACACAAAAAAUCUAAGUAUUAAGUCAUUGACAUCUUCACCUGCUGCUACUCAAUAUGCACUUGUAAGAGCUCAGCUUCCAAGCAGCAGUGGUGGUCCUGCGCAAACUGUGACAUUUAUUCGUGCUAUAGGUCCAAAUUCUACUUCUGCGACAAAUGCAGGAACUACUGUUAGUGUCACACCUCAACAAAUGGCAGCUUUGUUAAAAGUUCAACAGGGACAAAGUCAGGUUCAAAAAGUUAUAAGUUCUGCUACUAAUGGAGGUAAACAAACUGCAGCUUUGUCUGUAAUGAAUGAUAUAAGUGUUGCUCACACAGCAAACCAACCUACAAUCAGUGUAUCGGCAAGUCCCUCAAAGUUAAUUUCAUUGCAAUUUCCACAAAAAAUAGGUUUAAAUUCCAUAAAAUCUAUAAACACUUCAUCGUUUUUAAAUGCUUCAAAAGCUGUUGUUACCACUCAAUCCUCUAAUAUUUCACCUAUGGGUACCCUUGUAUCUGGUAUAGGAAUAUCUAAGAAUCUUUCAGGUGUUUUAAACCAAACUCCAUCUGUUAGACCACAACUUCCGUCAGCUCUCUCAAAUCUAGGAAUAGGUUCAAAUUCAAAUAAACGUCAAGUUAAUUCAAAUUCUCCAGACACAACUGAACUUAUUGAUACAGAGAAGAUUUCUGCUCAAGAAAAUAAUAUAUAUUUAAAUACUGCGAAACAUAUUGAAUUACCAAAAGUUAUUUCAAUUGAUAAUAAUUUUGUAACAUCUUCAGAUGAUAAUAAAGACUCUAACAAUACAGAAGCUUUACACGUUGAAACAUCUGUCUCUGAUUCAGUCAGUACUGAUCAUUCUUUAGCUGAAAAUACUUUAGAAAAAACAAUUAAAAACGAAGUUUCAAAAACUUUACUUUUAGAGAGGGAAUUAGUAUAUAAAGAAGAAAUUGAUUCAAAGUCAAUAUUAAGUACAGAAACCCCUAAAAAUGAAGAAAACGAACUUUUUGAUGAAAAAGUACAAAAUCCAAUACCUAAUAUACUAGAAAAUAUUACUGAUGUUUCUAUGAUAGAAGAAAAACCAGAGAUAAAAAAUGAAACAAUUGAAGCAGAUGCGUCUAUUGAGUCUGUUGCUGCAACCACCCUUGCACAAUUGGCAUCUUAUGCUGAAAAUAUUAAUAUCAUACAAAAUGCUCCAGCAGCAGAUAUUUCCAGCGAUCCUCUUUCAACAUUGGCAGCACUUGCUACUUCUUCCCCUAUUGCAACUAACCCAUUACCCGUUGGAAAUGCACAUAACACAGAUGGAAUAGCAGUAAGCCCGGUAUUAGUACCUCCUGGAAAGAAGGCUCUGAAUAAACCAAUCCCAUGGUUUGAUGUUGCUAUGACAACUAAUACAUCAAUUGUUGUUUCUCACUACUAUGUCCCUGUAGAAGAAGGCGAUAAUAAUGGAGAUAAUGUAGUCUCUGAUGGCGAUUAUAAAGGAAUGCGUAAGGUUGAACUUAAACCUGGUACCGCUUUCAAGUUUAGAGUUGCUGGAAUAAAUGUUUGUGGAAGAGGUGCAUAUAGCGAUAUAGCAGCAUUUAAAACUUGUGUUCCAGGUUUUCCUGGAGCACCGUGUGCGAUCAAAAUUACUAAGAAUGAAAUUGGAGCUCAUUUGUCAUGGGAACCUCCAACAAAUAGUGCUGGUAAAAUUCUUGAGUAUGCAGUGUACUUAGCUGUUGAUAAUAAAAAAGGGGGUAAAGAAGCCACUCAAACACAAUUAACAUUUGUGCGUGUUUAUUGUGGAUCAAUUUCUUCGUGUACUGUGACAGCAGAUACUCUUAAAAAUGCGCAUGUCGACUUUUCUACUAAGCCUGCAAUUAUAUUUAGAAUUGCUGCUAAAAAUGAGAAAGGGUACGGUCCUGCUACACAGGUUAGAUGGCUACAAGAUCUAAAGGAUUUACCUGAUAAUAAACUAAAACGACAAGGUGAUCAAAGAAUUGAUGCUGCAAAGAAGGCAAAGGUGACGUGAUAUUUAGAUACGCAGAUACAUAUUUGUAGAUAGAUGCCAGAGAUUUAUUUAUUCAAUGUAAAUAUAUAUAAUGAACUAUAGUUAGAAAAUUAUACUGCGUGACAACAGGAUAGCUGUAAUAAAUAAUUUUGUUAAAUUAGGCUUGAUAA